AUGCGUCGCUGCAUGAUGCGCCGCGUCGGUGCGGCGCCGUUCGCAUCGACGCGACGCUUGCUGAGCGAUGAGGACCGCUACAAGCAGUUCUCCGACAUUCUGUCCAAAGCACGGGCACCCAGCCUUUCUCCAGGGCAGGGAGGAGUGCCAGAGUUCUUUAACGGCCAUUUCGCACCCGGAAGCGGGUUCAUAGAUCAGCACAGCAUAUCCCAGAUGCAAAACACGCUGCGUGCAAACAUGACACCAGAGAUGCGCGAAAGCAUGGCGUCGAUGCUGCAAUCGGCGCUUCAAGGCGGUGACGGCAUGCCAGGCGGCUCUGUCGGCAUGAUGGCGUUUGGCAUGGGCGAAAACGAGAAGGGGAAGAAGGUGGCUCGGGCUGCAAAGGUGUACUACGACCUCAAGACGGGCAAGGUCGACAAGGAUUUUGUGGAGAAGGAGCUGGAGCCGGAUGACCUCAGUCUGCCGAAGGAGACGGUGGGGGACUACAGCACCGAGGGCGCCUUGGAGGUUGAGUUCGUCGAGGAUCAGAGGAAGGUUGAUGCCUGCGCUGGCAAAGCAGAGACCAUCUCUACAGCUCAAAUCGAAGUGGAGCCGAAGGACACCACGCCAUAG